AUGAGCGGACUUGGACAUUGCCGCUUUUGCUCCGAGAAUCCGUUCGCCAUGCUCUUCGGAUGGAAGCCAGAAGAGAAGAAGACAAGAGUGCAGGUCGCUCCAAAGAAGGCUGCUUCCAAGAGUCAGAGAAACGAGACGAACUUCAAUCGUCGAAGCGAGGAAGAAGUCAAGGAGACUGUCACGCGUUGGGAGCAAUAUGUCCAUCCCCGCGCCAAGGAGUUCUUUUCAGAUGCGAAGCAGCUCGAGGAGGUGCUCUCCCAGUUGGCCAAGGGUACCGACAAGAACACCGACCCAGUGCUGGGCACGGACAAAGAAUGUGUGUAUUGGUAUGGUGACGUCACAAAGGACGAGCUCCAAGCCGCCAUCCGCAUGGUGAAGCCAGGUGAGUCCUCCGAGUCGAUCACCUACGUGAAUCGUGUUUUGGCCUUUCUGUUCGCUACCGAUGAGUCGUUUGAGAAGCUCAUGCAACUCCCCAAGGAACCUUUCAGAAUGUCCUGCGGCGACCAGCUUUGCGUACACCUGGCCCACAUUUCGGUGGCAACUUGCUGA